UUUUUCCUUUUGAAGCACUCUAUAUAUUUAAAAUUUCGAGUUCAGCAUGGAAGAGUUACACAAGAGGCAACUGCCACACAGCCUACAAGUUUCUGUAGCAUACAUGAAGCACAUGGAUUCUUCAGAUGAUCAAUCGAUAGUGGUUGAGGAAGAGCACCCAAGCUUGGAUAUACGUCUGCAAAAACCAAAAGAAACUAAUCAUUUGACCUUCCAUCAAAGCUUUUACGAGGCAGUGCAGCUUGGGAGCUUGCCUGACGUUAAGAAAUUCCUUGAGGCCGAUAGUUCAUUGCUAACCACCCGAUUUACGCAAUUAGAGGCAAAUGUCAUCCAAGUUGCAGUGCUCGCUGGACAACCUGAGAUAGUUGACGAGCUAUUACAGCGAAUAAACGAUCCAAAGUCCCUAAAAGUGAAAAACAACUAUGGUGAAACGACUCUUACUCUUGCUGCUGCCAAGGGCGAAAUCGACAUCGCCAAGAAGUUGGUGUCAAAGUGCGAUGAGUUGGUGGGUAUCAAGAAUCUCAGUGGCGACUUGCCUGUCGUUCAGGCUGCUCACUUUGGCCACAAUGAAAUGGUUCAUUAUCUUUACAGUCGAUCAGAGAAACAUUUGAUGAAUACAAGCGAGCGAGCAAAAGAGGCCGAAACUUAUGAGGAUGAGGGUGAACCUUAUGGGGAUAGUCUCAAGGUUCUUAAUGUGUCUAUCAAUACUGAACUCUAUGGUUCUGAGAAGAGCUACAACUUCAAGCUUGUCAGUGAAGAUCUGAAUCAAGAUUCAAGCGGGCAUGCUGAUGCUCAAGCUCUAACUCUGUAUUCAAGUUGGCAUAAUGGGUUUAGGCUUUUCAAAGCAUGCAUCACCACUGAAAUCUAUGAUAUUGCUUCAGCUAUUUUCAAGCAGGAUCCAAGACAAUGCAUUAAAGGAAUGAAGGAGGAGAAAGGUGCAGCACUGAAGACACUAGCCCUAAGAGAUUUAGCAGAACCAACUGGAUUUCAAUACGCAUUGGUAACUUGGAUCCACUCACAUAUUCCGGCAUGGGCUUCAGGCCACACACUUGUAAAACACGUUUUUUCGUGGUACGACAAAAACUACAAACGACGCAUCGAUGCUCGCCAAUUGCUGACCGACAUAUGCAGACAACUAUCAAUCCUGAAACUGCCACCGACGACCAUGCCGGCGGUGCUAAGCGACCCAAUCUUAACGGCUGUUUCAAUGGGGAAUGUGGGAUUCAUUGAGGUGGUUGCCAGAGAAUGCCCUGAUAUGCUGUGGUUUGAGAUCCACGGCAUGGCCACCUUUGCCCAUGUGGUUUUCGAAGGCCAAGACAAGAUCUACAGCUACUUGCGCAAAAAUACUGAAACCCACUGCCUGUUAGGAACCAUACGGCCUGACCGCAAGGGUAACACCAUCCUUCAUUACGCCGCAAUGUUAUCGCCGGCCCCUCGGCUUAGCCACUUUGCGGGUCCAUCCCUUCAAAUGCAAGGAGAGUUACAAUGGUUUGAGGAGGUGAAGAAGAUUGCGCCCAUGUGUGAAGGAGUAGUGAACAGGGACGACAAAACUCCAACACAAUUAUUCACGGAAGAACACAAGGAGCUCAAGGAGAGUGGGGAGAAAUGGAUGAAGGAUAUGGCAACGUCUUGCUCGGUGGUGGCGACGUUAAUUGUCACCAUAAUGUUUGCGACAGCAUUUUCUGUUCCGGGUGGCAAUCAAUCCGACACCGGCAUUCCCAUAUUCUUGGAGUCAAAAUACUUCACCAUUUUCAUAUUGUCAGAUGCAUUCUCAAUGUUCUUUUCCUGCACUUCAGCUUUGGUAUUCUUGGGAAUUCAUACUUCACUUUUUCGAGAAGAGGAUUUCCUCAUCCGCUUGCCCAUGACCUUGAUAGCCGGCCUUUUCACUCUCUUCCUAUCCAUAGCAACAAUGAUGGUAGCUUUCAGUGCUGCCGUUGUGUUGACGGUGCGUGAGCGCUUUGUGUGGAUCACCUUGCCCAUGCUGAUGUGUGCUGGCAUUCCUGUCACCAUUUAUGCUGUACUCCAGAUCCGGAUCUUCAUUCACAUUGUGAAGUUGACCUUUCCUGGCAUCUUUCACCACCCAAGUCUAGCGAUGAAGUGGAAGCAGAUGUCAAGCACUAGGAAACUGCUUAUUUGGUGAUUAUAUUGAGGUGUUAUGAAGUCGCGAAAGAUUAAGCGGGUUUCGUUCUAUAUCAGCUUUGUUUAUGCUGUUCUCUUUCUGAUAUUCCUCAAUUGGGGAUUAGGUUCACUCGGUCAAGCGCUACCUCUUCGUUAACUUGCCGCUUUUAAUGAAUCAAAAGCUUUGGACCGUUCCUUUCCAUAUAGCUGCUCUCCAUUACUGCGGACAUUCAGAUCCAUUAAGCGUAAUUGGCUAUUGUUAAUAGUCUUCGUUGGCAGUGCUAAUCAGAUUGUGUUGGGUUUAAUUCUCGUAUGGAUUUUGGUUGUUAAUUGUGGAUCUAGUGUAGUAUCUUUGUCGGCCUGGGCUUUAGAUUAUUCCUGGUGGUGCUUAUGGUUCUAAUUAUUUGGGUGGAUGUCUGGUGACCUCUUUGAUGUUGUUUCUUCAU